GCUGCGGGGGCGGGGAGGGGGCGAGACGGGAGCUGCGUGCGGAGCCGCGGGAGGUGGCCGAGGAGACCGGGAAGGGAUUCACUGGGAAGAGAAUGAAAUAAACAUGGAGUCUCCUAAGCUGGAAUAUAUUUCAUGGGUUACAGUUACAAGCAAAAAGAAGAUGGAAAAAAAUGAGAGAACGAGAGUAUAACGCCUGUCAAGAGCUUCCUAUUUUUUGUGAUAUAUAUAUAUUUAUAAACUUGCAAUAUCGUACAACUAAUGGUUUAUAGUAAUACUUUAUUGAUAUCCCUGGAAGGAGAAGUCAGCUACUGUGCAGCUGGCUUAAUAAGAACUUCUAUUCUAAUCGCUUUUAACUGGGCACCUUUUUGUUAAAUCUGAGUGUUAAAAACUUUGUCUGUAUUGUAACAGAGAGAGUGAUCCUGAUAGGUGUCUGGCAGCUGCUCAUGGGAAAUGGACUUAAACCCAUGCAUGGUUUCUGCUGCGCAGAGGUGAAUGGAAUGCCAAGACUUUAGAGCAGUUCUCUUAGGACCUUCUUUGCCUUGCACCCAUCAUAUCCUUAAAUAUUUAAGCAGAAAUAUUGCAGUUAUAAAGACUAAAAAAUAAUGGCAUGGGUGAAAUUCUUAAGAAAACCUGGGGGUAACCUUGGAAAAGUUUAUCAGCCUGGAAGUAUACUCUCCCUCGCUCCUACAAAAGGCUUAUUAAAUGAACCAGGACAAAACAGCUGCUUUCUUAAUAGUGCUGUUCAGGUGUUAUGGCAACUUGACAUUUUUCGACGAAGUUUAAGAGGUUUAACUGGACAUGUAUGUCAAGGAGAUGCGUGCAUAUUCUGUGCUUUAAAGGCAAUAUUUUCACAAUUUCAACACAGUCGAGAAAAAGCACUCCCAUCGGAUAAUAUGAGACAUGCCCUGGCGGAAAGUUUUAAGGAUGAACAGCGUUUCCAGCUUGGAUUCAUGGAUGAUGCAGCAGAAUGUUUUGAAAAUAUCCUUGAGAGGAUUCAUUUUCACCUAGUGCCAAACAGCGAAACAGAUAUGUGCACUUCAAAAUCCUGUAUUUCUCAUCAGAAGUUUGCUAUGACUUUGUAUGAACAGUGUGUGUGUCGCAGUUGUGGAGCAUCGUCAGACCCGUUGCCUUUUACGGAAUUUGUGCGUUAUAUUUCUACCACAGCCCUGUGUAAUGAAGUGGAAAGAAUGAUGGAGAGGCAUGAACGUCUCAAGCCGGAAAUGUUUGCAGAAUUACUGCAGGCAGCAAAUACUGCUGAUGACUACAGAAAGUGUCCUAGUAACUGUGGUCAAAAAAUAAAAAUUCGUCGUGUUCUUAUGAAUUGUCCGGAGAUCGUCACGAUUGGCUUAGUCUGGGAUUCAGAACACUCUGACCUGACAGAAGAGGUUGUGCGGAAUCUGGCAACACAACUUUAUCUUCCUGGGCUGUUUUAUAGGGUUACAGAUGAAAAUGCCAAAAAUAGUGAACUUUUUCUUGUGGGAAUGAUUUGCUACACAAGCCGACAUUACUGUGCCUUUGCCUUUCACACCAAGAGUUGCAAAUGGGUGCUGUUUGAUGAUGCUAAUGUAAAAGAGAUUGGAACAAAAUGGAAGGAUGUGGUCUCUAGGUGCAUCCGAUGUCACUUUCAGCCAUUGUUGCUAUUUUAUGCUAACCCAGAUGGCACAGCUGUGUCUCCAGAAGAUGCUCCAAAGCAGAUUAUUCACUGGUCUCAAUGCAAAGCAACAGGAGGAAAUGGGGAAGACUUGGGAUUUGAAAAGCUUUCUGCUCCUAAAUCAGACCAUGUGAAAGAGAAUGGAGUUGGAGAUCACACUGGUCAAAGGACUGGUAAAAAACUUCAGCCAGAUAAUUCAGCAUUCAGUAGAAGCCAUAUUCAAGCUAGCAGUGGUAAAGGUCCAGCUAAGUUAGGUUACAGCGAUCAAAAGGACCGGCUAAAGGACCUAUCCCGAGAGUGUGCUCAGAGAGCUGCAGAUAUGAAAAGCUUCUCGUCUUUACGAAAAGAUGCAGACAGAGGACCAAGAAGAGAGUCUGGGAGACAGAGAGAUUUGGUUGGGGAAGAUCGUUCUAGUGUGAAGUCGGGGUCUCCUCCAGUUGGAAAUGGUCUUAGACACGGUGCUGAGCAGCGCAUAUACAGCAGCCAGGGAAGAGGCUCCUAUAAGCAUGACAACGCACCUCACCAAGCCAAGCUUCCUGUACAGGCGCUUGCGUCAAAUAAACCAGAAGCUUUUCCUGCUGGGGAGAAACCAGUGAUCAGGACCCGGACUGAGGUUGUCGCUGGCUAUGAUACAGACACCAGUCAAGACUCUAGGGACAAAGGAAGUGUCAGCAGCAGCAGGAGCAGAAGUAAAGGUUGGAAGCCUAUGCGAGAGACGCUAAACGUAGACAGCAUUUUCACCGAGACUGAGAAAAAACAGCAUAGCCCAAAGCACAAGACAAAUCUGAACAGUAAAUCUAAACAUGAAAAAGAGCGAAGCUUUAACCAUUGGCCAAAAGAGAACCAGAUCCAGAAAGGUUUAAUGACUAUAUAUGAAGAUGAAACAAAACAGGAUACGGGAAGUCGAAGUUCACUGGAUUCUGAGGGAAAAGGGAAUGCUGAAAAAAGCAAAGGAUUUACAGAGAGAAAAAUCCAUACUGAUAACUGGCAAAUUCAGAGGACAGAAUCUGGAUAUGAAAGCAGUGAUCACAUCAGCAAUGGAUCUGCAAAUCCGGACUCACCUGUUAUUGAAGGAAUUAGUCCAGCAGAGGUUAAGAACGUUAAGGAAAAUGCUUCCUGCAGUGGGCAGAACUUGUCAACCAAAAAACCUGACAACGUGUUACAUCCAGUAGUCCAACAGAACAGAAACUUAUACGACUUGAGGAAAGACCAGCUCAGUUCUGACAUUAACUACAGACCUCAUGCUAAUUUCCCGGCAGAACUGCAUUUGCAGGUGCCCAGUCCUCCAGUAAAGAGAGCUGAAAUGCCUGAGACCAACAGGAAACUUCUCCCAUCAUCAGCUCUACAGCCAGUUCUGAGAGACAUUGUUAAGUCAGAAAGCAGGAACAAGGCAAACGAACAGAAUCCUGCAGAGUGGCUUAAUCCAGACAAGUUUGAGAAGAUGAAUGUGUUGGUAUAUUCUGCUGAUGGCCUACCCCACCCCUACACGGAGAACAUCUGUGGAAGAAAGCUGAUCAGCGAUGACUUCCACUCCUCUUCUCAGCCACAGGCUCGUCAUGCAAGAACGUUUGGUCCCAAGGUGGGGUUGCUGCCUUGUGUGCCACAGAACCUGUCAGAAAGGCCCGUGAUGGUUCCCCCUCCCGGUGAGCAUGCCGGGCACCCACUCCGAAGGGCGGAUGCUCUCUGGGUGCCCGAAGCAGUGUAUCAGAAUCUUCCUCCCCCUUUACCGCCGAAGAAGUAUGCUCUGAAUACUUUGCCAGCAUCAGAAAAUAACUCAGCAGCUGACGUAAAACCGACAGAAGUGUUGCAAAAUAAUCCAUUACGGCAGACAGGUACACCUUUAAAAACGGCAUUGGAAGCAAGCGUGUUGACAAACGAGCAGAGGCUGAAAGAGCCGUUUCAAGGGAAUGAACUGUUUGUUCAUAAACCAGAUUCUCCACCUCACUUAGCAGUUAAUGACUACUGGACUGUGUCUGAAAACUUUUUAAAGAAAGGAUCUCGCCAUACGGGACCGAGCUAUGUGGAUGGAAACGAUAGCGUUUCCCUAACGACUUACUUUUCAGUGGAUAGCUGUAUGACUGACACGUACAGGAUGAAGUAUCAUCAGAGACCCAAGCUGUAUUUUACAGACAGCGGAAGCUUUCACAAAGAAAAGCAUCCUCCAUCAGCUGGAGUAGAACUGAACGCUCCGUACCAUGCUGCUCUUGAGCCCAGGCAUCCCACAGCCGAGCAAAGGUACAAGGCAAACGCAGAAGGCAUACACUGCAGUAGGUAGAUCUUUAAAACACUUCAAAAUGUGGAUCUGACUUUCCAUUUCGUGUAGUCUGUAAAUGGGCACAAGCCUUGAAUCUCCAUGUGUGUGAUAACUAGGUACCCAGCUGACUGCGUGUCAGUUAGGAGUUACGACUGUUGAAAUGAAUAUGCAAAUAGACCUGGACAGAGGAGAAGAGGUGCUAAACUUCUGGUUCUUUGGUUUGUUACUCGAGUUGCCUUAAUGCUUACCUCUUAUUCAGCUUGUCUUCUACAGUUUAUAUUUAAGUGGUCCCUUUGGGUGGACGGAUCUUACAGCAGUAGGAUCAAGCAGAUGUUACUAAUUUUGUAAGAUGAUUUACUUAGUUGCAGUUUAAAAAGUGUUCCUUCCGACUGUGGUCACUACAUACUUGGACUAACAAAAGGGAUAAACGUAUUACCAUAUAUAACGCAGUAAAUGAGUCGUAAUAGAAGAGUGUUUGUCCCGGUAGGUAGCAGAAGGUGACAUAGUUUUUUUUUCCAGCUGGCUUCUCAGAGAGCCUGUGCUUUCACAAACCUUCAAGUGUCUUUUAAUCCAAGUUUACCCAGAGAAUUGCUAACUUUUUAGUUGAAAAGCCUUAAUAAUAAUUCUUUAAAAACGGUUCUGUUUUUCAAGUGUUAAAUAAGAUUUUUCAAAGGGAAUUCAAGUAAAGUGCAGUCACAGACUGUCCUAUUAAUAUCCCUGCUCUGUGUUACUGUAUUUUUAAACACAUUUAUCAGUUCUGUUCACCUUAUAAGCUACAUACUUUAACUUAUUAAAAUUAAAUUUAACCACAGAAGCUCCAAACGGAUAUAGCAGAAUAGGACGCUAAUUUCAAUAUACAGUUAUCAUGCAACCAUAAAUUUUGUCAGGUUUUAGAUAUAUUUACUAAUUACAUUCGGUUCUGAUUUAUUCUACAAUUGCAUGCAAAGUCAGUGCUGCUAUUUAUUGAGCUUCCUAUCUUUCAGCUUGACAUUUUGAGCAGUGUUUAACGGGGAUCAAACAUUUGCUUUUACCAGCUGUGGUGUUUGCUAUUUGGAACAAUCCUACCCACGGAUAUGUUCUGUAUUAGCAUCAGGUUGACUGAACCUGCAGCCAUCAGACUGCGGUGGCCGAGGGGCAUGAGAGGAGGAGGCUCUGCCUGGCAGUUUUGGCAGCUUUGCCAUUUACCAUGUCUUUUGUUAGCCUGGCUGAUUUCAGUAACAAAGAGAAGGAUUGAUUUGGUUUUUAUUUGGUUAAUUAAGUGGGUGCACAGAACAAUGUAGGGAGUGCUGAAGCCCAGCUCGUGGCCCAGUGAGGGCUGGGAGGGGGGGAAGAAAGGCAAACAAGAUUCCACCCUCCUGGCAUUCCUUCAUGUUUGACAUGAGCCACAGUCUUGCAGGGUCUGAGGCAGGGGCCAGGAGUCCUGUUUCAGUCCUAUUGUGACAUGGGGCAGCGUGUAAUUUAGACAUUAAUGUCAGCAAAGCCUAACGCAAUUCAAAAAGGCUAAAUUUUGCCAUUAUUUCUAUUAGAGCGUUAACUUGGGGUGCUGCUGCUGACCUCUAAACAUCAAUGUCUUUUGGUUCUGGAAAUAAUACAAGAAGGUUAAAUACACAGCAUACGCACUCUCUUGCUUGUUCUUGCACUUUUAGUCAGAAAGGCGCUUUUAUGUUUGCAAACCUUACGUGAGUUCCAGUGCUUCAAACAAAUGUUGGCAAUUGUUUAGCCUAAUUAUCUAAAAUAUACAUUUAAUCAGUAGUUUUGGUUAUUCUGUCUCAAGAUCAGGUUUUUUUUUAAACUCCACGUAACCUACAGUAGAACUGGAAUGUGAUAUAUGCAACAAACCAGCUAUCUCAGAUUAAUCUUAUCUCUACCUUCUUGAUGCAAAUUUGUUGUAGCACUUGGAAAAUGAAUUCUAGAAUUUGUAGUGUGAAUAAUUAUGUAUGGCUGCUAGUAAACAGCAACUUAAACCUAUCCUUUUGUAAGAAAAAGAACCCUGAAAAUGUAAGGACUUGGAAGAUUCCCAGUUGUUUUAUUUUUGAGAGAGAUUUUGGAACCUGUAAAUUAAACUUUUCUAGUUCAGCUAGCAAUGUUACAUACUAUAUAUAGCCAGUGAAGUAAAACUGUCUUCUAAUGCUUGUGUAAAAACAAAGAUUAUUGGAAUUUGUAAAUAAUGUAUAAUUUGUAAAAUGUUUUGCAAAAAAUCUUGUAUGUGAAAGGACAGUAUUUUUCUGUAUGAAUAGCACAGCAGCAACUGUGAACGACGUUAGAACACUUAUUUUUAAACACGCAUAGCAAUGUUCGUACUUCUGUACAAUGAGCAAUACGAACGCCUAUGACUGAAACCAAUGAAUCUGGCUUCCAGCAAGCACAACUGGUAAACGUAUUUUUAAAGUAGCUGCAGUAGUUUAAUGUACUUCAGUCUCCUUGCUUUGCUUGAAACAAUCUCACCAGACAACUUUCUAUGUGACCCACGUUUACCAGGUAUUUAAUUAUAGUAAAUAGACAGCUAAUUGAGGCACCUUUGUUUUUAUAUUUGACUCUGCACUCCAUGUAUGUAUGUAUGUAAUAUUUGCUAACUAAUAUGUGAGAACUUG